GCGAACUCAGGCCAACUCACAUCAGUCACGCCUGGAUUUCCGGAGCGCCCUCUCAUCCCAACGGCAGAAGCCCCGGGUACCAGGAGUGCCAAGGACAAAGAUAGCGACCAUGGCCAGGCGUGUGGCGAUCGUAGGUGCCGGGGUCAGCGGCCUGGCCUGCAUCAAGUGCUGCCUGGAAGAAGGCCUGGAGCCCACCUGCUUCGAGAGGAGCGAUGACCUCGGGGGGCUGUGGCGCUUCACCGAGCACGUGGAGGAAGGCAGGGCGAGCCUCUACAAGUCUGUGGUGUCCAACAGCUGCAAGGAGAUGUCCUGUUACUCCGACUUCCCCUUCCCCGACCACUACCCCAACUACAUCCCCAACGCCUACUUCCUGGAGUACCUGCAGAUGUACGCAGAACGCUUCGGCCUGAGGCGCUGCAUCCAGUUUAAGACUAAAGUCUGCAGCGUUACCCAGCGCCCGGACUUCGCGGCCAGUGGCCAGUGGGAGGUGGUCACACAGCGGGAAGGGAAGCAAGAGUCAGCCGUGUUCGAUGCUGUCAUGGUGUGCACGGGCUACCUCACCAACCCUCACCUGCCCCUGGAUGACUUCCCAGGUAUAAAGACCUUUAAAGGGCAAUACUUUCACAGCCGACAGUACAAACAUCCCGACAUAUUUAAGGACAAGAGAGUUCUCGUGAUCGGGAUGGGAAAUUCAGGCACAGACAUUGCGGUGGAGGCCAGUCACGUGGCCAAGAAG